CAAAAACUAAGUCCCAUAUAUUAUGGCCCAUUUGAGAUAAUUGAAAAGAUCAGUCCGGUAGCCUUUAAACUUCAAUUACCUACAGACAGUAAAGUUCAUCAAUUAUUUCAUGUCUCACUUCUGAAGAAAGCUAUACCAUCUAUCACUGCAUUUCAGCCUCUACCAGCAUGUCUGAGUGAUGAAUGGGAACUACAGGUGAAACCAGAAGAAGUGCUGGAUUCCAGGGUAAACAAGGAGGGAAAGAUGGAAGUCCUAGUCCACUGGAAAGACUUGCCUCCAUUUGAAGAUUCAUGGGAAGUAUUGCAGUCAUUGACAGAACAGUUUCCAGAUCUUCACCUUGGGGACAAGGUGAAAUUCCAGGGGGGAGUAAUGAUAGGCUUGGGGGACAGCAACAGCCUAUUCAAUACUUCAAUAAGGUGUACAAGAGGAGAAAUAAGUAGUAUUAUUACUUAACUAUAGAAUAGCUAGUUCGGUUGGUCCCUGCGUGGACAAUUAGCUAUAAAUAGUAAGUAGAGAACAAAAUAAGGAGGCUGUUAUUUUGUCAUUGGCUGGUAGCUUGGAGAUUGGGCAUCUCGAACUGUCCCACCCCUGUAUUCCUUUACUGACUUUCUCUCUCUCGCUCAAUAAACUGUUGUGAUCUGUUCUAGCUACAUUUUCCUUAGAAUUGUGAUUGUUCUGUGUUCAUUACUACCAGUGUUCUAUCAGAGAGACUCUCUGAGGAGGAUGAUCAGAAAGAAGAAAUGGCCUUUCAGGCCAAAGGUGAUUCUUCCAACAAUGAAAGAGCUCAGUCCAGUUCAAGGGGCAGAGGCAGAGGUCAAAGAGGAGGCUCUAGAGGAGGAUCUAGAGGUGGAUUCAGAGGUGGACACAGGGGAGGAAGAGGCAGAGGUCAGCACAAUGAAGGAAGGAAGGAGUACACAAAAACCAACUCCAAAGCUCCCCUGAAGUGUUACUAUUGUAACAAACCUGGUCACAAGGAAGCAGUAUGUUGGAAGAAAAGUGAGGAUGAAGGAAAGCAGGAGCAAAAAUCAAACUAUGCUGAACAGGAGAACUUGUUCUUGGCCCAACAUAGUUGUGAUAAUAGCAGUUCUCAAGUAUGGUAUGUUGAUAGUGGUUGUUCAAACCACAUGACAAGCUCAAAGUGCAUUUUCAUGGAUUUAGAUGACUCAAAAAGAAGUACUGUACGCCUGGGAGAUGGAAAGCAUCUCACAGUAGAAGGCUUGGGAACCAUUUCAUUGCAAACUGAACAAGGCAAAACAAAACUUCUUCAUAAUGUUCAGUAUGUCCCUGAGUUAACUCAUAAUUUGCUAAGUGUUGGGCAACUUUUGAGUGGUGGUUACUCAGUGAUAUUUGAAAUGAAUAUGUGUGUGAUCAAGGAUAAGAAAUCAGGGGAAACCUUGAUCAGAAUACUUAUGGGAAAAAAUAAAGUGUUUCCCUUAGACUUGACUGGGAGUGGAAGUCAGGCUCUUGUGGUUAGAGGAGAAGAGAAUGCCAAGUUGUGGCAUCUCAGGUAUGGUCAUCUAAACCUUCAUAGCCUCAAAUUAUUAAGCACAAAGGAGUUUGUGCAUGGGCUACCAAGCAUUGGAUCUCUGGAAUUUUGUGAAGGCUGUGUAUAUGGGAAGCAGGCACAUCUUCCAUUUCCAAAAGAUAGAGCACGGAGGGCAGGCGAGUGCUUACAGCUUGUACAUGCUGACUUGUGUGGGCCAAUGCAGACAGAAUCAUUGGGUGGAAGUAAGUACUUUCUGCUCUUCACUGAUGAUUACAGUAGAAUGUCAUGGGUGUACUUUCAAAAGGCAAAAUCAGAGUCUUUUGAAAACUUCAGAAAGUGUAAAGCCUUAGUAGAAAAACAAAGUGGUAAGGUGUUAAAGGCUUUAAGAACUGAUAGGAGAGGAGAGUUUAUAUCAAAUGAGUUUACUCAUUUCUGUGAUGAACAUGGGAUUAGAAGAGAGCUCACAACACCAUACACCCCUCAGCAAAAUGGUGUAGCUGAGAGGAAAAACAGGACUGUGGUGGAGAUGGCAAGAAGCAUGAUGAAAGCCAGGCAACUACCCAAUCAAUUUUGGAGUGAAGCUGUGGCAACUGCAGUCUAUUUGCUCAACAUCUCACCAACAAAAGCUGUGCAGGAUGCAACUCCAUUUGAGGUAUGGAGGCUGAAGAAACCCACAGUAAGUCACUUAAAGAUUUUUGGAUGCAUUGCAUAUACUUUGGUGAACCUCAGGACCAAACUUGAUGACAAGACAGAAAAAUGUAUCUUUGUUGGAUACUCAGUACAAUCUAAAGCCUAUAGAUUGUAUAAUCCCCUCAUUGGCAAGAUUAUCAUUGUUAGAAAUGUGAUUUUUGAUGAAGACUCAAGCUGGGAAUGGAAUCCUGAGACUCAACAUGUUGAGAAUCCACAAAGAAUUGUUACUCUGGAAGGGUCAGAGGAAGAAAUUGCAACAACACAACCAAACUCCCCUGCAACAACCUAUGGUUCAUCAGUCUAUUCAAGUAGCCAAGGCUCAACAUCAUCAAGUGAAUCCCCUCCUGCACGUGUCAGAUCACUUAUUGAUAUCUAUGAAAGUUGUGAUUUUGCUUUAGUAGCCACUGAACCCACAGACUAUGAAGAGGCUGCUGCACAAUCAGAAUGGAAGGAGGCCAUGGAAGCAGAAAUAACAUCAAUAGUGAAGAAUGAGACAUGGGAACUUGUCAGCUUACCUCAAGGAAAGAAUGCCAUAGGCUUGAAAUGGGUAUUCAGGAAUAAGUAUAAUCCUGAUGGCAGCAUUUCAAAGCACAAAGCUAGGCUGGUGGUGAAAGGAUAUGCUCAGCAAGAGGGGGUGGAUUAUGAAGAAACCUUCUCACCAGUUGCAAGGUUUGAAACUGUGAGGGUAGUUCUAGCUUUAGCAGCUCAAUGGAAACUUCCAGUCUACCAAUUGGAUGUCAAGUCAGCUUUCCUUAAUGGUGAGCUACUGGAAGAAGUGUUUGUUGAACAACCUGAAGGGUUUGUGAAGAAAGGGGAAGAAAGAAAGGUAUACAAACUGAAGAAAGCCCUUUAUGCGCUAAAACAGGCACCCAGAGCAUGGUACAACAAGAUUGACUCUUUCUUUCUAAGCAAAGGCUUCAAUAAGAGUGAAAAUGAACCAACUCUGUAUGUAAAGAAGCAAGGUACAAAUGACUUUAUCAUAGUCUGUCUCUAUGUUGAUGAUAUAAUCUACUUUAGCUCUUCACAAUAUAUGCUAGAAAGUUUUAAGAGAUCAAUGAAGCAGGAAUUUGAGAUGACUGAUCUGGGGAUCCUGCAGUAUUUCCUUGGUUUGGAAAUCAAACAAGGAAAAGAUGGCAUUUUCUUGUGUCAAAAGAAGUAUGCCAAGGAUUUACUUCAGAGGUUUCACAUGGAGAAAUGUGAAAUAGCCCGGACACCUAUGAACACAAAUGAGAAGUUACAGAAGAAUGAUAGAACUGAGAGUGCAUAUGAAAGGAUGUACAGAGGCCUGAUAGGUGGAUUGAUUUAUCUAACACAUACUAGAACUGAUAUAUCAUUCAGUGUUAGUGUUGUGUCUAGAUACAUGCAUUGUCCUACAAAGCAGCACUUUGGAGCAGCAAAAAGAAUUCUGAAGUACAUAGCAGGAACACUUGACUAUGGACUAUGGUAUGGGAGUGUGAAAGAUUUCAAACUGAGAGGAUACACUGACAAUGAUUGGGCAGGUUGUGUAGAUGAUAGAAAGAGUACCUCGAGCUCAGUAUUUGAUCUUGGAACUGGGGCCAUUACAUGGAGUUCUAAGAAGAAAGAUACUGUGGCUCUAUCAUCAUCUGAAGCUGAGUAUAUAGCUGCAGGGGCUGCAGCAAAACAAGCACUCUGGCUGAAGAAACUACUGGGAGACCUGGGCUAUGAACAUGAAGAGGAACCUGAUAUUUGGUGUGACAAUAAGUCCACCAUUGCUAUGACAAAGAACCCAGCAUUUCAUGCAAGAACCAAGCACAUUGAUGUGCAAUAUCAUUUCAUUAGACAGUUGGUAGCUCAGGAGAAGAUCAGCUUGCAGUUUUGUAGAACAAACUUUCAGAGUGCAGACUUGUUUACUAAGGCCCUAAAUCAAGCUAACCAUUUCUAUUUCAUGGAGAAGAUAGGGAUGAGCAAGCUUGGAUCAAGGGGAGGUGUUAAAAGUGACCAAGCUUGAAACAGAUUACGUGUGCAUACAACCAUGCACACGUGGAAACAGUUUUUAAACUAAUUGUUUUAUUAAUACAAUUUGUUCUUAAGUGGUUGCCUAAGUUUUAGGAUUGAAUUAGUCAUUUGAGAAAGCUUAGCAUUUCGGUUAUGUGUGAGUCAUGUAGUCCACUUUUCUAGGCACUAUCUUAGUGGUAAGUAUGGGUAGUUAUUCUCAUUUUGUAUUGGCUAUAAAAGGCCUUCUGCAUUUUACGUUUUAACAUAGAAAAAGAUUAGCAGGAGCUUUGCAUCUUCUUUCCCAAUCUUUUACCAAGUUUUUGAGUGUUUCUUUCUUUGGCUUGAUCCAACAUUUGCGGCCUGCGGAGAUACGGGGAGUUUUCCAACUAUUCUUCUAAGCAUUUAAAAACUUCAAGAACAAGUGGAUUUUUAAUUGUUUUGGUCGCGUAUAAGAACACCGGUGUUGUGGCCCGAUAAGCAGGCACAAUUCCCAGUUGUGUUGUGUUAGAUGUACUUCUUUGUUCUUUCAAAGUAUUCUUCUGGCAUAAAACACAACUCGAAAUUUGUUUAGUAAGAACCACUCUCUCCAGACAUUUAUGGCCUUUGAAGGAGUACUUGUAAUAGUGCACAAAGGGUAUAACUCUUAGGAUAACACUUGACAUUCAUACUAUCUAGUUUCCCCUUCACAUGCAGAUUGACCUGUGAGAAAAAACAGGCAAAGUAACUUGCAGUUUAGUAUAUUACUCAAGAGGCUAAUAUGCAUACUCCCCUAUGCUUACUUUCGUUGAGUUUGGAUAGGCUUAUACUCCGUAAAUUUAAAGCGUAGUUAUUUGUGUAAUUCACAAGUUAGUUCAUAAAGCUUAAACAUAUACUGGAACAACUGUUCAAAGAACAGACGAAUAGCAGCAAAUCCUUCAAAUGUGUCUUUAUCUUAUUAAAAAGUGUUAAUUUAAAUCAAGUUUUGAUGUGUUUGCAUGUAUGCAUGCUUUUGUAUUGUAGUGUUUCUGUUAAUCAUUUCAAUUUUUUAAGACGUAGGAGGGGUUUUAAUAUGCCACCAACUGCAAUUUUACUAUCAAUAUGCUUAAUGUUUAUUACCGUAGCAAUGUACCCCGAACUUGUUUUAGCCAACUCUCUUUGCAACAACAAUACAGAACAGAUUCUUCUUAGGUUUUUUUUUUUUAAAUCCAUUCACAAGUUACUUUUUCUUAAUAGUUCACCAAUAAAGAAACAAUAUCUUCAAUUUAACACUUAGCUUAGGUUAGUUUUUCUAGUGAGGUAGCAAAGUUGAUAGCCAAUUGUCAUGUGAAUUGAUUUUCAGAUGAACAAAAUCAUUCUCAAAAUAUCUUUUUUGAAUAGUGAAAUUGCAAUUCAAUCACGAUCUUUAGAGACACUCCGAUGAAUUGUGUAAAUAGUGUUAGUCAUAAUGUCAUCUUCAACAUCUGAUGCAUCGUUGUCGACUUUCCUCAAGUUUGAAUACUCAUAUGUCUGUGGAAAUUUAAGCUUUAGAUACUCAGUUGUGCAAGCCCUUUCACUAUCUGUUGAGGAAUUCCUCAAGUGUGUAUGCCUAUUCAAGUAUGAUAAGCAAUUUACAUAUAAAAUCAAAUAUUAUAAUGGAUUUAAGUAAUAACCAGAUCUUCAUCCACUGUAUUCUAGGAACAUGCUUUUUCUGGAAUUACAUUUCCUUGUUCUUUGAUUUUGUCUCCCUCUGGAAUCAUUAUGUGAGACUCAUUUACUUUUUGUAACAGGAAGAGGCAGAUCUUAAACACUUAAAAGAAUAACAGUUGGAGAGAAAAUAGUAUUGCAGCUAGAGACAACUCGAGCUCUUCGCAUUCACAGAAAGAUUUAACAUUGCAUUGGGUUUGAAUUUCAUGUAGUUCAAUAUUAUUCACAGCAUUGCGAUCAACUUUGAGUUUGUUUGAGUUAUUGAGUAUUUACAAUCAUUUUAUAUGAAUGAAGUCAUUGAGUUAUACAAGUCUCAAUCUAAACAAUUUAUUUUGCAGG